UUUCCAUGGCAACUGCUGUCAGUGUUUAUCAUGUAUGUUUAGUUUAGCAGAUAUACUGUACUAGAUUAACCCAUCAACUGAAGAUGUUAACUGCGGCUGGAAGGAAGCUGUGCAGCGUGUCCUUUGGGAAAAGCCUUCUUAAAACAUUACAAAAUAGCCAAGCGCUUAAAACAUGUCCGCAUCUAAGGAAAAUCAGUACAUCCUCUAAGAGGAAUACAGUCAUGCCCGCUUGGGUCAUUGACAAAUAUGGGGGCAAUGAUGUGUUACGCUUUAAUGAGAACAUGCUAUUUCCUACUAUCAAUUACCCCAAUGAAGUCAUCAUUAAAGUCCACGCCGCCAGCUUGAACCCGAUUGAUGUCAAUAUGCGGAGUGGAUAUGGAUCUGCUAGUCUAAAUAUGACUCGUGAUCCCCUCAGCAUUAAAACGUCUGGAAGCGAAUUUCCUUUAAUCCUCGGAAGAGAUGUUUCUGGGGUUGUCAUGGAAUGUGGGGUCAACGUGCAGUACUUCAAACCCGGGGAUCACGUGUAUGCAGCAUUACCCCCAUGGAAGCAAGGCACAUUGGCUGAGUUUGUUGUAGCAAGCGGUAAUGAGAUUUCCCUGAAGCCAAAGUCCCUUAGUGACACUGAAGCUGCCUCGCUGCCUUAUGCUAUUCUCACCGCUUGGGCUGCCCUAGUCAACAGCUGCGGCUUGAAAAAGGAGAAAUGUCCAGGAAAAAGGGUUCUUAUUAUUGGCGCAUCAGGUGGAGUUGGGACAGCUGCUGUUCAGCUCCUGAAAGCCUGGGGUGCACACGUGACUGCUGUUUGCUCUGAGGAUGCCACCCCCCUGAUGAAAGAUCUUGGGGCAGACGACAUCAUUGAUUACAAAGCCGAAAAAUUAGACGAGCAGUUGAAAUCCCGUGAGAUGUUUGAUGUCAUUCUAGACAAUGUUGGUGGAUCAACUGAAGAACUGGCUCUUCAGUGUCUUAAGCCAUGGUCUGGAGCCUCUUUUGUCACGCUGGUGACACCAUUCCUGUACAACAAUGACAGGCUGGGUAUAGCAGAUGGCAUGAUGCGUACAGGGAUCACAUUUGGGUCAAAAGUAGUAAAGCAUCUAUGCAAAGGGAUAAAUUAUCGAUGGGGAUUUUUCACCCCAAGUGGCCCAUCUCUGGAUGAAAUAACAGAACUUGUGGAAGCUGGAAAGAUCCGUCCUGUUGUUGAUGACGUGUUCUCAUUCACUGAAGUACCCAAGGCUUUCAGCAAAAUGGAAGAAGGACAUGCAAGGGGGAAACGUGUCAUUAAAGUCGUUUGAUGUAGUAAAUAAAUAUAACUACUUUUGUACCAGCAAA